AUGGAAGUCCUUUUCGAUUUGAAAAAAUUAAGAGCUGCCGAAAACAUGCACGCUCGACGGGACGGCUAUCAACAGCAACAAAAAUAUUCGGAAUGGCGGCAAUUGUGGUAUCCGAGUUUCGAGGACUUCUCGAGGGCCGAAGCCAUGACCGGAGCCGAAAACAAUACAAUUACCAAUGUAACAGUGCAAUUGGGAGCAACCGCUUACCUACAUUGUCAUGUUCGGAGCACCGGGGACAGGACAUUGGCUGGAGCAGAACAAGUCUCUUGGGUACGACGAAGAGACUGGCACAUUCUGUCUUCAGGAGUAUUCACGUAUACCAACGAUGAACGGUUCCAGAUAUUGCACGCCGAGGGUUCCGACGAUUGGACCCUGCAGAUCAAAUAUGUUCAAAAACGGGAUAAUGGGACUUAUGAAUGCCAAGUAUCAACUGGUCAAGGUCUCAUUUCCCAUUUUGUGAAUCUACAAAUUGUGGUUCCUGAAGCCACCAUACAGGGUAUAAGAUCAGGAGAACAUCAUGUAGAUAUUGGUAGUAUUAUCGAUCUCGUUUGUAUUAUCGAAAGGCACGGACCAAAAAACGCGUCAUACCGAUCACCUAUCAUACAAAAUAAAAUAAUUGAUCUCUGUGGUGCUUCAAUAAAGGAACAAAUCAUCUCAAAUGUUAAAAAAGCUUGUGCUUAUAUCAUUCUGGCUGAUGAAACUGCAGAUAUAUCUGGCAAGGAACAGCUUUCUGUUGGAUUACGUUUCAUUGACGAAAAUACCAACGAAAUCAAAAAAGAAUUAUUAGGCUUUGUAGAACUUGAAGAACUAAAUGUAGUAAGUAUUGCCAAAGCCAUUGAUGAUUUUGUGACAAACUUAGAUCUAGAUCCUGAUAAGUGUGUGGGGUUAGGUUUUGAUGGAUCUUCCACCAUGUCUAGAAAAGAGGCAGGCGUGUAA